GGUGUAUGAGGUGCCGUUCUAUCUCAGAUCUCAAUCUGCUUCUAUGGAUGAAGAUGAGGCUUUUCUCCCAUUUCUUGGUCUAGAACAGGCCAUCUGGUGACCAUGAAUCUUGUUUAUCUAGGCAGCUGCCCCGUCUUUUCAUUUCCACUCUAAAUGGAUACACAAUGCUAUACAGGAGGCACCAUGACAUGACAUGACGUGACUUCCUCUUGCUAAAGUUACCCCCCCGAAUGGGUAAACUACUACUACUGCUCUCUGUGGAUUCAUUAGCAGCGCAGUCCAUCUCAAACCAUGCAUCUUUGAAAGUGCAUUACUGUAAUUAAAGUGCAUUACAGACCGUCUUGAUGGGAGGGAAGAAGAUGGAAGAGAGAGGAUGAUAAAAAAGGGGAGAGUAGUAAACACGAGUUCUCGAUCAAGUUCGUCUAGGCUGCCCUCACUUAUAAUUUCCCAUUGAAUAUGUAUUUGAAAGUGUUGUACAACAGGUUAAUAUUAGAGCAGGACAGCUAGCUUGGAUGGUCUAUGUGAUUUGAAGAGGGGAAGAAAAGCGCCAUUGUUCAUAGCCUGGAUCCCGAUCCUGAUCGAUGACAGGUCUCCGGUUCCGGCUGACCCGAAUCUUAUGGUCUUUGGUCCAUGCUAGCCUAUGUUUUUUUUCUCUUUGUACAUAUGUCGUGAUACAGGAGCUACAGUUCUCUGCAGUUAUAUUCUUAUUGAUUCACACGUACCACGAUGGCUCCUCCACCAUCCGCUUCCAUGCUUCUAAUAAAUUCUGUGGCCUUCUGCUAUAGAUUUCUUUUUCAUCCACCAUGUUAUUUCGAUUCUCCUAAAAAAUCUACACUGUUCUCUCUGCUUCAGUGCUUCCUCUAAUCCUCCGGACUUCGGUCGAUUUAUUCAAGUAGACACACAACAAUCGCCAACCUUGGAUUUGCUGACCAAGGCGUUCGCGAAACUGGAAGGCACCUUCUUAAGGCCUUUAUAG